UUUUACGAAGUGCUUGAAAUAGAGCGGUGUUUGAGUUCAAAAUUGAUAGACUGUGAAGGAGAAAUAGCCGAUUCUGUGGUAUUUUAUGCGGUCGAAGAGCCGCUUCUGAAGGUGACGAGGAUAAUUCAAGGCGAAUCUAAGACAAGAAUAGCAGAGGUUGUGGCUGUGAGCGUUACUCGAACAAUUGUGAUGGUUACAGUGUACAGAUCACCGCGAAAGGAAUGUUUUCACAGCAAUCCAAGGUCGUAGUUGCUUGAUUUAGAUGAAAGUUGAUUGAGGAAAUUAGAAAAAAUUCUGAGCCAUGGUGUUGACUCCCAGACAGAAAGAAGAACUUCAUAAAGCCAUAGCAGAUUAUCUAUACCAAUGUGGCUUUGAAGAUGCCUUGAAUGCUUUCAAAAAAGAUGCCAGCAUGCCUGGUGAACUGGACAAAAAGUAUAGUGGCUUGCUGGAAAAGAAAUGGACAUCGGUAAUUCGUCUACAAAAGAAGGUAAUGGACUUAGAAUCCAGGCUAUCAGAGGCAGAAAAAGAAGCAAGCACAGGUUCUACAUUAAAGAAAACGCGUUCCCCUGAGGAUUGGAUGCCAAGACCACCAGAACGAUAUGCAUUAACUGGCCACAGAAGCCCAGUUACAAGAGUGUUAUUUCAUCCAGUAUAUAGUGUCAUGGUAACAGCAUCAGAAGAUGCAACAGUCAAAGUCUGGGACUAUGAGACUGGAGAUUUUGAACGAACCCUUAAGGGCCAUACAGAUGCAGUACAAGAUCUCUCAUUUGAUCAUACUGGGAAAGUUUUAGCAUCAUGUUCAGCAGACAUGUCUGUCAAACUAUGGGAUUUCCAUGAAUUUGAGUGUAUCAAAACAAUGACAGGACAUGACCAUAAUGUUUCUUCAGUGACGUUUUUGCCGUCAGGAGAUUAUUUGGUGUCAUCAUCCAGAGACAAAACUAUAAAAAUGUGGGAAGUAGCCACUGGGUAUUGUGUGAAGACAUUUCAAGGGCACAGAGAGUGGGUCAGAAAAGUUCGUGUUAGCCCAGAUGGUGUGUUGAUAGCAAGUUGUUCAAAUGACCAGACAAUCCGUGUGUGGAUUGUGGCCUCUAAGGAAUGUAAAUGUGAUCUGCGGGACCAUGAACAUGUAGUGGAGGAUGUUGCAUGGGCUCCAGAAUCAGCCCACCCACAUAUUGCAGAAGCUGCAGGAUUGGAGGGUGGAAAACGAGGAGGAGCUGCAGGUCCAUAUUUAGUGUCAGCAUCUCGAGAUAAGACAAUCAGACUGUGGGAUUGUGGUACUGGAAUGUGUCUAAUGACUUUGGUUGGCCAUGAUAAUUGGGUGAGAGGUGUUCUGUUUCAUCCUGGAGGCAAAUAUAUAGUUAGCUGUUCAGAUGACAAAACUCUUAGAAUAUGGGACUACAAAAAUAAAAGAUGUGCAAAAACGUUAAUGGCUCAUGAACAUUUUGCAACAACUUUAGAUUUCCACAGGUCAACUCCGUUUGUAAUAACUGGAAGUGUUGACAUGACAAUCAAAGUGUGGGAAUGUCGUUGACAGUUGUGGAUGGAAAGCAAGCUCAUAAACUUAUCUCUAAUUAGUACCCAAGUGGAAAAUUGAUAUUUUAAUUCAAGAAAACUUGCAGGACUAGUGUAUGUGGAGCAAGAGACUCAAACUACCCAAGAGAAGUACUCUGAUUCUCAAUUAGUGUUUCUCAAAAGAGAUUAGAAAACUGUACUGGGCUUGAUCUCACAGAAGAACAAGUCUCGUAUACAGAAAGAAACUUAUCAAUAUUAUAUUUUGUAUUUGGAGAAGUUUUAAAAAAAUUGCUUCUGUGAAUUCAUUGCUGGUUGUGGAGAAUUCAGUUCGUUGCAGCGUCUUUGGGCAGAAGUUGGUGUUUGAUGAUAGUCCUGAUUUAGUUUUGUGGUAUUUAUGAUGGUUCUUAACCAGCCGUGAUGUCACUCUGUUAGUAAAAUGUAAGUUUUGUUGCCUCUAUGAUAAAAAUCUCUUGUGUGUUGUACAUCAUAGCAGAAUUUAAUCAAUAUGGACAUUAUGGGGCAGAAGGAAAGCUUCCAAAAACUAGCCCACAGUAACUAUUCUAGCAUAUUUUCAAGGUUGGUACAAAAGACCAGAGGAAUCUGCUCAAGAACUGUUGCCUGUUGUAUCUGUUUUGGGGCUUUUUGUAUUAUCUCUAGGGGUACUGUAGGAAAUGAGGCAAGCCCUGAGCUUCAAAUGAAAAAAAGGUAUUUUAUGUAUUAUUGAUAUCAUUCUGGGUUAGGUGUAAAAUUUACAGAAAUGAAACUCGAAAGAUCUCUCAACAGAGCCCUGAAUCUUGUUAGGUGUGUUCACUGUUAGUGCAGUGGUUUGUACUUUUUUCCAAGGGUUAUUUUGUUUGGUAACAGCCCAAGUUCAUUUUGAACAGGUCAGCCUCAGCUUGCUUCCUUUCACAUCAUUUAAUUUUUUUUUUUUUUUUUUGAGUAAUGUUGGCUUUUGCUUACAUAAAUAACAACCUCUGGCAAUUAAGCCCUCAGUGGUAUUGUCUAAUUGUCUUGCUCUCAGGGACUUUUUCCACAAACAUGAGACAGAAAGAACAAAGUAGCUUGGGUCCAAUGCACUGCAGGGGAUCCUUUUAAUGUGACGACAAUAAAACAGUUUCAUUAAUUACAUUGAUCAAGAAUUUCUUGGGCUGAUUUCUUUAACAUAUCCACCUCUUUCUACCUCCAGAAAAUAUUUUGUUUGUUUUUCUAGAGGUUGAAAGACAGGUAGUGUUUAUCUGAAAUUCUCUAAUAUCGACCUUGAAUUAUCUGUAAGAUCUUAUUAAAGAGAUGUGAAUACCGUUUUAUGUUUCA